AUGGGGUCUUUGGAAGCCGCACUUAGGCACAGGUUGGUAAUGCGUUCGCCCAGUCAGUACGAUGUUGACCAGCCGCACCUGCACAGAGACCCUUUGCCCGCAAUAGGUUUCUUAGGGAAGGAUUCGGGAUUCACUCCUAAACACCCUUCGAGCGCUACCGCUUCUUCAACUCCUCUCAUGAGUCCCAACGUCAUGUACACCGGUCAACCACUACCAUACGCCUACGCGCCAACCAACGGUGCACCUUCACAAACGGGUUACAUCUCGCCGUCCGAGGCGCGUCGCGCCAUUGAAGAUGAAAAGGACAAUCACACACCAAGACAAUCCCUCCCAUCAAUCCACGAAGCUCUCGGAAACGACUCACUCCCAUACCCUGCUCCUACCUCCGCUCCACCAACACAAACCGCUCACCCUGCGCCCCCUUCACAUAUCAUCGCACGCAGUACCGAAGGUCCAUCUGGUCCGCCCAAUCCCUUCAAUGGGCCUGGAUCGAUGAUGCGGGAACCCGGUUUCCCUCACCAGCCUCAAAUGGACGCAUCGCGCUCCAGCCUCACCUCAAUCAACACUCAAGAUUCGCGAAACGCGUCCCUCCACUCCCUCAGCACGGGAAAGUCACCCACACAGAGCGCCAAAACAGGCAUCACCUCUGUUGGAUCCCAAAAUUCUACCUACGAAUACAGCGCACCAACUUCCGCCGGCAGUGUCGCUUCCCCUAAUGGCUACAGCCAUUUCCCACCAAAUUACACAUUUCAGUCUACCCCCGGUGGCCACUCAUAUCAGCCUGCGCCCUACGACAAUCGGCCAUACGUGGGCGCACAGCGCGUGGAUGAAGUUAAGGGUGGAUUUGUGGGUCGACAUGUUCCUCCCCAUAGCGACUCUGUCAAGCGGCAUCUGGACGUUUACGACGUGGAGCAAUCAUUGAACGAGCACACGAACCCUAGAUUUUUCUCGACACUACGCGGCACGCGCACACAGACCCAGCGGUCUGGCCCGCUAGUAGGGUCUCUUCCUUCGUUAAAUGAAGUGGAGGAUAUGCUCCAUAUGCAAAGACGGAACCAAGAUGCCUUGAUUCGGAUACGUACAGCCGUGGUGAAUCAGGAACAGGCGUUAGCCGAACAGAUGGCUCAGCGAAAGGCGUUCAAAACCGAGGAAGACCACAUGGCAAUGUACCAAGAAGAUUUCAAGGGCACGGGCGGAUUCGCAGGUGCGGACCCAAAAAAACGGCGUGGAAAGGCGGCCCCUCCUGGUCGUUGCCACAGCUGUAACCGAGCCGAAACACCAGAAUGGCGUCGGGGUCCAGAUGGUGCCCGAACGUUGUGCAACGCUUGCGGGUUGCACUAUGCCAAGUUGACUCGCAAGAUGGGCGCGAACAAGGCGGCGAGCCUGGGUUCGAAUCUGAAGCCCAAGUCGAUGCUUGACUCCGCCUCGCCAACCAGUCAUUAA